GCGCGCCUGCGAAUCAGCAACGACCAAGGCAGGCACACUGUAGCUAGCAUAGCACUCAACUCAAACCAACGCAGAGAGAUGAAGAGCAGCGGCGCCAUGGGCACUACUACUCCGGCGGUUGUCCUUGCGACGAUGCUCGUCGUCGCUCUUCACGUCGGCCUCGCCGCCGCCACGCACUCCGACACCGACACGAUUAUUCGUCUCCCCACCGGCGUCCGUGGUGAUGACUCGCCGUGGGAGUGCUGCGACUUCAUCGAGCGGGACCCGUCGUUCCGGCCGCCGAGGUGGCAGUGCAACGACGUCCUGGGCGAGUGCUCCGCCAACUGCAAGAAGUGCGAGGAGGCGCUCGCCGGCGACGGCUACGUCUGCCGCGACUGGGUCACGAGCAUCGUCCAGCCGCCGGUGUGCACGCCGAGGCCGUGGGAUUGCUGCGACUUCGCCGUCUGCACCAGGGCGUACGUCCCCACCUGCUGGUGCGCCGACAAGGUGGACAAGUGCUCCAGCCACUGCAAGGAUUGCUCGGAGGUGGAGAAGGACCCGCGCCGCUACCGCUGCCUCGACCGAUUCCUCGGCUAUCCUGGGCCCAAGUGCACGCCAUGGAGCAGCAAGGAGGAGGGCAACUAGCUCGAUUGGCUCGAUCAGCUAGUAGCUACACGACGUAGUAGCGUCCACAAAUAAAGCUAGAUGCUACUAGUAGCGUACGAUCUCAUCUUUGUUCGCUGUUCCAAGAUCGAGCGCUAGAUUGCAUUGAUUUCUAGUCAAGAAUCAAAUAUAUAUAUAUAUUACUUGGAUAUUGUGCGGUACUUCCUUCGUCCUUAAAUAAAUAAUUUUUGUUGCUUCUCUGUA